GUCAAGUCGAAACAUUGUUGUACUCACUGAUUGAUUCUUCGUUCGACGCAAGCACUUUGGUCUCGCUACUGUCCGUAAUAUCAAAGAUGGGCUUUUACAAAGAUUCCAUAAAAUUAAUAAAGCCGUUCUACGACUUGUCGAUAUGGACAAGUACCAUGUUAUCGAACGCAUAACCUAAUUCUCAUCUGUCCACGCCUUUUCCCCAUUGUGUCAUCGUCGCGUAGUACUUGUUGACUCAUACAUUUCGAAUUCCGAACGAAUGCUUCAUUCUGUUGCGGUACGAAAUCACUAGCCGAUGCAACUCCGUAUCUAUCGUCACAAUGAUCGCGUCUCUCUUCCUCUUCUUAUCCUCCUACGGUGUUUAUUUCGCAUGUGGUCUAAAGUAUGAAGGUUGUUUCCGCAGCUCUACGUCGGAUCCUGAAUUACCCUCCCCGGUCUUGGCAUAUCCGACUGCACCUGCUAUGUGUGUCCAGAAAUGUCGCUCUUUGUAUUAUAUAUUCGCAGGAUUGAUGAAUGGGCAACAAUGCUACUGCAUCAGUAGAUUCGGCAAAAAUGGACUUUCAAACAGUUGCGAUACUCCUUGCGUUAAUGACCCUGAUAAUUACUGCGGCAGUUUCGAAGCUAUGAGUGUCUAUUCUACCGGUCAGCAAGGACCAAGUCCACCGAGGAGGAUAGGCGUGACUCGUGAAGGUAUAGACGCACUUUUUGUAACGUGGGAACCGCCUGAUAUACCUAAUGGCAAAGUUGACUCUUAUACUCUUCGUGCUGUUGCCGUACAAACACACGCGACUAAUGUCUUGCCACCUGUCGAGAGUCAGGUUCAAGGAGGAACAUCCAAUGGCACGACUCUGAGAGGUCUUCAACCUGGCACCAAGUACAACAUAUCGGUUAUCGCCAACAAUACGCACGGACUCAGCGACGCAGCGUACACUGUGGUGUGGACCGCGAUAGGGCCACCUGACAAACCAGCUGUGCCUGAAAUAGUGCGACACGACGAUAGUACUAUAACUGUCCUGCUCAUUCAGGGUCACAGCGAAUACGGACCGAUCAGCGCAUAUCAAGUGGUGGUUGUUCUGGCUGGCGUUAUACCUCCGGUCGGCGCAGAUAUCGAGUAUCCCAGCUACAACAAUGCCUUGCAGCAGGGUUCAAAUUAUUACGUCACUGCGCAGUUCGAUCCGUCAGAUUUCCAUAGAUACCAGAGAUUCACCGUAGGUGACGGCAAACACAUCGGAGACUACUACAACGCUCCGUUGAAGAAUCACCUCCUCUCCACGCGAGUCGGAUUGGUAGUCAUCUCGCGAGUGCAAACAGAGAUACAGCGUUCUUAUUCCGAACUAACGUCCAACGACGCGUCCAACGAUCGCGACGCCGCGACCACGAGUCGAAUGGAUUCGACGGCUCUCGUGCUUUGCAUAGCGAUCACGCUCCUUAGCAUACUGCUCUUUGCCUCGAUAUUGCUGUAUUUUGUGCUACGCCGCCGACACGAGAGAUUCCACAUGCGAAAGUUGCCGGAGCAACAGGAACUCACGUUACAAGGUCCUGUCUACGAGGUGGAUAACAUGGGUUACAUCCCGGACGAGAUACCCGAGAGAGUGAAUCACUAUCAGGAGCUCAGAAAGAAAGUCUGGAGCAUACCGCGAAACGCUCUGACCGUCGAUAACUUCAUCAUACGUAGAGGACGUUUCGGCGCCGUUCACACGGGAACUGUCUUCAAAGACGACGACGAUUCUUCUCGCUCGGUGACGGUCCACGUCAUAGCCGACGGCGCGUUGAGGGGAUCUGAAAAGAGGCACAUGUUGCGGGAACUCGAUAUGUGCAUUCGAACGGGCACUAUGAAAUAUAUCGCUGCUCUCAUUGGAACCUGCGAAACUCCCGACACGCUAUAUGUCGUGCAUGAAUUACCGCCGCAGACCCUCAAGAACUGUUUGUUGGGCGCGCGAUCUGGGAGUUUCUUCCCGGUGGAUCAAAUAUUGCCCAUCUCGGCCUCGAUUGCAGCCGCCUUGCGAUAUCUCGCGAGUCACAAAGUCGUGCACACUCAUCUCUGCGCGCGAAGCAUCGGUCUGACCAGCGAUUGGACACCCAAGCUCAUGGGUCACGGUAUCUCCAAGUACGGCAUGGAAGACAUCAAGUAUGCCAGAUGGACGGCGAUCGAGUGCUUCGACAGUCAGAAGAAACACCAGCCGGGCGUGGUCUGGGCGUUCGGAAUACUUCUCUGGGAGAUGUUCAGUAUGGGUGGUACACCGUACUCCAAUUUUGCGCUCGACAGCGAAGUGGAGGACGCGCUUACGCGAGGAAUUCGGUUGUCGCAAUUGUCGGACAUCCCGGAUCCAAUCUACGAAGUUAUGUCGUCCUGCUGGCGAAACGAUCCUGACGAGCGACCAACAUUCGAUGAACUCACGCGAUUGGAUACUCUGAGUAUUUGUCCCAUCACCGCAAUCACGGAACCAUACGUGCCGGAAUUGGAGCUGAAUUAACUUGUUGUUUAUCAAUGUAUCUUUACGUGUAUUUUAAAUACACAUGCGUUUCAUCAAUCACACGAUUUUUCCAAAAUUUGUAAAUAUCGUUCACAGUGUCCGUAAAAAAAGUUCAUACAUUUUACGGAUAUAAUAUGCAUUUAUCGUUACCAAUGUAUACAUAAUUUUAAUGGCAUAUCUGCAUUUUAGCCGAUAAUCUUAAACUUAAAUUUCAUUAGGAUCUAAGCGAUACAAGAUUACGCUACAAAAGCGUCGAUGCUACUUCCGUCCAUGUUUUGCAGCAAUAAAAUUUUAAUUGACAUUUAACGAUAGGCAACGAUAGGAAGAUUAAGGAAAAGUCAUAUUACGAUUGAUACACAACGUGUCACGCGUCAGAAAGUGGACUGCUUUUGUUCUUCGUAUUUUCACAUCUCGUUUUCUCUUUAAAAAAAAAAGAAAAACACAUUUCAGCUUCAGCCGAUUAUAAUUUUAAGGAGAAGAGAUGAAUCUCUCGUAACAAUCUUAUGUGUAUAUAUGUGUAUCCGUCUUUUUUUUUUUAUAGAAAGCUUAGAAAAAAUUCCUAAAUUUAAAUUGCAAAUUUAUUUGCAAAAUAUUGUUUCCGAGAGAGAGAGAGAGAGAGAGAGAGUUAUGAUUUUGAUAGUAGCUUUCAGAAUUUUCAAGACGUUAUCACUCACACUCGAUACGAAUAUUAUACUACUGACUACUGAGCGAUACUCUCACACGCAUUUCAAGUACAAAUAUAUUACAUUAUUGAUAUCCGUGUGUAAUUAUGUGUAUAUAUCUUCUUGGCGUGAACAAGAUGAACAGAGAAAAUAUCGUGAGAGAUAUCAAAAGUUGAAGAGAAUGUGAUUGUCUUUCAAGUACUUAACGCGAUCCAAUGAAUCUCUUAUUCACGCGAUUUGUGUCGCACGAAUCAUGCUUUAACUUAUUUCAAUUAAAAUGCUGAUUUCUUUUUUAUCCAUCUACUUUAUCCGAUAAUAUUCUUUUUUUUUGACAAUUUUUUUUUCGCGGGAAAGAUGUACGUAUAUUUUGUAUAUUACGCAGAGAUAUAUUGUAUCAUUAUAUUGUAACAUUGCGAUAUCUGUGUAUUGAUACAAGAAAUACAUUUUUAUAUGCACUUUA